GCGCGCGUUUUCUCCCACUCGGCGUCCGCGGGCGCACUUUGCUUGUCGUCUUCGGACACGUUUCCCGCCCUUUCCACGCCGCGCGCGUGCCGUUUUCUUGCUUCUCGGUGCCUUUACGGACCUUGCAAACAACGCGCUAUUGCUGCCUUCAAGGACUGACGGACGGACAGGAAAACAGAUUGACAGACAGACAGACAGACAGACAGACGGACGCCUCGGAAGCGCGUGCGCGAGCCCCAGACCCGCCCAGCAGAGAUGGCGAAAGCGGAGCAGCGCUACGGGCAGCGGGACGGCUCGGACCAGAACUUCGAUUACAUGUUCAAGCUGCUGAUCAUCGGCAACAGCAGCGUGGGCAAGACCUCCUUCCUCUUCCGAUACGCCGACGAUUCCUUCAGCAACUCCUUCGUCAGCACCGUGGGCAUCGACUUCAAGGUCAAGACCGUCUACCGCAACGACAAGAGGAUCAAGCUGCAGAUAUGGGACACGGCCGGCCAGGAGCGUUACCGCACCAUCACGACGGCGUACUACCGAGGCGCCAUGGGCUUCAUUCUCAUGUAUGACAUCACCAACGAGGAGUCCUUCAACGCCGUGCAGGACUGGGCCACGCAGAUCAAGACGUACUCGUGGGACAACGCCCAGGUCAUCAUGGUGGGCAACAAGUGCGACAUGGACGAGGAACGAGUGGUCGCGCCGGAGAAAGGAAAACAUCUAGCGGACCAACUUGGUUUCGAGUACUACGAAGCCAGCGCCAAGGAGAACAUCAACGUACGGCAGGUCUUCGAGCGGCUGGUGGACAUCAUCUGCGUCAAGAUGUCCGAGCGAGUGGACGUGGAGGUGCCGCUCGCCCCCGGGACAAAGACCACCAGGUUGAGCGACAAACCUGCGGGCCAGCUACCUCAAAAGUGCUGCUGAUAGGCCACCCCUGACCCCCGACCCCUGUCAUCACCCUUGCCGUCGUCAAGUAUUGGAAAACUCACAAAUGUUGCAAAUAUAUAGAUAUAUAUAUAUAUAGAGAUAUAAUGUAUACAUCGAAAAGCAUUGGAGGAAUACAUAAGUACAUGGAAAUAGUCGUAAUUAAAUAAAAUGUAUAGAAAACUAAAUUGAAAAAUACAACUAUUAUUGAUUUAUUUACUAAAUUAUUAAUUUGAAUUUUUUCCCCCUUUCUGGGGACUUUUAAAUGAAAUUACAAUGAAUUAUAAAGGACUGUACAAAUAAAUUAUUUUUUAUUUUUUUAAAUUGACUACUAAUUAAUAUAUAGUAAAAAAAAAAAAGUCUUAAAAUUAUUUUUUUUUAAUUUACUUUGAUGUAUUUAUUUCGAUU